AUGAAGUGGUCAACAACCUGCAUAAUAAUAGCUGUUUCAACUUAUAUACAUUCACAGCAAAGGAUUAUUGAAGGCCCUGCAGACACUCGGGCUUUAAUUGGUAGUACCGCCGUUCUAAAAUGUCGUGUCGAAGCACAGCAGGGAGCAGUGCAAUGGAUGAAAAAUGGUUUUGGCUUAGGAAAUGAUCGAGAUUUAUCUUUAUUUAAAAGAUAUAGUAUGGAAGGUAGGGUUAGUAAAGGAGAGUAUAAUUUGCGCAUAAUUAAUGUACAAAUGGAUGAUGACGAUGAAUAUGCGUGUCAGAUUGAAGCAGCCAAUGAAAACCCAACGAGGGUAUCCAAUCUCGCCAAACUUACUGUUUUAGUUAAACCAGAAGAUCCAAAAUUAUUGUCACCUGUAUCUAAUCUGAGAACAGUAGUUGGUGAAUACAUUCAACGAUCAUGCAUAAGCAAACAUGGUAAACCGCAGGCAAAAAUAGGAUGGCUGAUAUCAGAUGAUCCAAAUGCCUCAAGUGUUUCGUUGUGGUUGGGCGAUAGCAGGGAGAAAUUCAAUCCUGUCUCCAAGUUUACUAACAGCGGUCAAGAGAUACAAAAUGCACGCGUUGUUGAAUAUGUUAGCUCUAAUGACGAUCGAACAUACAAUGUUAUUAGUAAUAUAAGUUUUGCACCUCGAAUGGAGGACGAUGAUAAGUAUUUAGUAUGCUUGGUGAAUCAUGAAACCUAUAUAACACCACAGUUACAUGCCGUUCGCCUUGAUUUAAAUUAUCCACCAAGAGUGGAAGUGGAGCUGGACAACAACUCUAAACUUUAUGAGCAUGGUUCGGCACAACUCUUUUGCAACGUCAAGGCUAAACCAUUCAAAAACAUCAAAAUAGCAUGGUAUCGAAAUGGAAAAGAAAUCAUCCUUGCAACAGCUAGUACGUUAUCAAUAUCCGAGUUAAGAAUUGAUCAUCAUCAAUCUGAGUACACAUGUGUUGCAAGAAAUGUAAUAGGCGAUGCUUCUGAUUCUAUUAUCCUCAAUAUUACAUUUGUAGAUGGGGCUUACAUAAUGUCACGCCAGCAACAUCAAGCGGUAAAUCCUGGUGAAACGGCAUCAUUUAUUUGUGAAGCUAUUGGAAAUCCAGCACCAACAAUCUACUGGACCAAAGUGGCUGAUAGUCAAAUUUUAGCACGCGGAAACAAUUUAACAAUUGAAUCAGUUCAAAGCUGGCAACGUGGUGAAUAUGAAUGCGUAGCAACAGUACAGGGUUUUCCGCCUGCACGCUUAGUAAAUUAUUUACACAUCAGGGGACCACCUUCCGUCAGUUUAAGCGAUGAAAUUGUUGCCGCUGUUGGAGAAAGUCUUGAGAUUAUCUGUGAGGUAAGAGGUCGCCCGCAACCACAAGAUGUUUUGUGGUCCUUAAAUGGGGUAACGUUUGAAUAUGGGCGUUUAAGUAGUCGCUUUCAGAUUCAUCAAGUUGCGCGACAGUUUGGCGUGGAAAGUCGGUUGGCUAUUCAAAAUAUUAAGGAUUCAGAUUUUGGUACGUACAAUUGCUCUGCAUAUAAUGAGCUGGGCAAAGAUUACCAGACAGUUCAACUGAAAUCAAAGAACAUAGUGGAUGCAUUUAUUGGACUUGUACCACCGCAGUAUUUUUUUCCAGUCGCUUUCCUGCUAUUCUCAGCUUUAUUCAUCAUGGGUUGCUGUAGUUGUUGGCAGUAUCGUCGAAAUUCAUACAAAACUGCUCAAUUCAGUGAUGAUCGUUCUGAUGUGAGCGUGAAAAUUGAAACGCUUAUUGGCAAUCAGUUUUUUACCGACAUGUAUAAUUCUACAUCUAAUGAAAGUCAUCAACUUCUUUGUUCUGAAGAUUACAUAACGAUGCCACAAAGUAAUCUAAACUGCUAUUAUUUGUCAUGUUCACCGAUUGUUAACAGAAGCAUUUACAAAACUUGUGCUUCACAUUCUUUUGAUUGUGGCACCGAUGAACAAAAUGAACAACACAUUAGUCAUCCCUACAAUAGUUUUGCAUCAAGUUCAAGUACUGCCGCUGUUACCAUAUCUGAACCAUGUCACUAUCAGAAUUCAAAGGCAAUCCAAGGAUCAAUUCUUGUGUAG